AUGUUAACUACAGCAGUGGAUCCACAGUCCCACUCCACUCCCAGCUGGCACAUAGAGCCCAAGUAUUCCACUCGAGUGCUUGUCGGGAACUGGGUGGAAGAGAGAAAGAAGUUCAUCAGAACCACUGAGAAAACACCAGAGUGCAUUUACAGAAAAGAGUAUGUGCCCUUUCCACACCAUCGACCAGACCUGAUUUCCAGGUGGUACGGGAAGAGGAAAAUAGAGGGGCUCCCAUACAAACACCUGAUUACCCACCAUCAAGAGCCGAGGACUAAUUACCUUAUCAGCACCUAUGACGACCAUUACAACCGUCACAACUACAAUCCUCAUCUGCCUCCAUAUCGCACCUGGAAUGGGCAUAAGUUGCUGUGGCUGCCGGAGGCAUCAGACUUCCCCCUUCCUGUUCCCCCUACAAACUACGGACUCUAUGAACAGCUGAAUCGGAGGUGGCACAGAAAGGACACCAGGGAGAGCAUCUACACUUCCUCUUACCUCAGACCCCCCAUGUCUGCCAUGUCCUGGCAGGAGCAUGCCAUUCGGAUUCCUCCUCGCCGCCUGCACCCUCUCCCAGAAUUCUGA